AUGCCCGCCGCUUUUUCUCUUUUCGAGCUUCUCUACGGUAUUCUCAGCCGCGACACCGUUGAAAACCAAAGAAUGGCCGUCGAAGACCCAGACCCCGAGGCUGAAGCCACAGAGUGCGCCGAAAGGUCCGCUUCUGAGCCUGCAGAAACCGCCGGACGACCCACUGCUCCAGAAGCCCCAACGAGAGGAUCCGACUCCCAGAAUUUUGAGGAGUGGAUAAUCAGGAAAGAUAACGCCUCUAUCUCCUCCACCGCUACCGUCGAGCGUGGAUGGGGCAACGGUCACGUAUUUAUGAGUGGCGAUUCGCAAAUAUCCGGUAAUGCCAGGGUCACUGCCGGACACUACGUUGCGGAAUCGUUGGAAGAGGCGGAGAAGAGAUGGGGAGAGGAAAAGAAGAGAUCGGAUCGUGAACUUGAAGCGUUGAGGGUAAAGCAUAGGGCCAGGAUGGCCGCGCUGGAGAAGGCUAGGAACCUCGAGUAG